AUGGUUACUCAAUUGGUGCUGCAAGUCACACUAUUAUUGUGGCUAACACUAACAGAAGCAUCAUCAUCAGCAUUAGCAUUAGCAGCAUCAAUAGCAAAGUCUGGUUGUCUAGACAAAUGCGGAAAUAUUACUAUUCCAUACCCAUUUGGUAUUGGAGCCAAUUGUUUUGCUAAUAAGCCCUACUACUCGUUUCAGAUAAUCUGCGACAAAUCUUUCACCCUACCCAAACCAUUCCUCACGCUAAUAAACCUUGAGGUGCUUGAAAUCUCAUUAACAAAAGGCACUGUUAGUGUCAACAACCCGGUAAUCACUUCUAAUUGUGGUGAUAACAGGGUUAAUAAUCAAGUUGUGGAAUUGACUGGUACUCCUUUUUACUUCUCAGACAACUACACCCGAUUCACGGCCAUGGGUUGUGUCCUCGCAUUAAUCACCCAAGGAGAUACGGUCGUAAGGGGCUACAUGUCCAUCUGCAAUAGUGAUUCAAAAAUUAAAGGUUGUUAUGGCAUCAACUACUGCCAAACCAUAAUCCCUCCAUCAUUUGACUUAAUCAAUGCAUCUUUUAGAAGCAUAUAUUCAAACGAUGAUCAUAAAGAGUGCAAAUAUGCCUUUAUGGUGGACCAAGAAUGGUUCACUAACCUGACAGACCCCUAUGCCGUGCAGGAAAUGGAGGUGGUCCCACUUGUGCUGAGUUGGGUUCAUUAUGUGGCAAUAAUGUUUCCUGUUUCAAUCAAAGCUCAACUUACGACCUAUGCCAAUGUGACCACGGCUAUGAAGGAAACCCAUAUUUGCUUCAUGGAUGCUGAGAUGCAGCAGUUAGGAGCAGAUACUCUGAUUCUUCACGAGAUGGUGAAGGUGAUCAUGAAGGCAGAAUUGGAAAUUAUGUUGGUGAUGAUUCUAAUGAAUGUACGGAUUGUGAGGGAAUUGUCAAUGGAGUGGGCUAAUGUGACGGCCCUGGUUUUUAGGCCAGUGCGUCCUAAGAUGAACGGAACGUAA